AUGAACAGCCAGAACUUUCCACCGAAGUUGAACGCGAAAAAGAAGAAGAAGCGGUAUCCUACAGAUUCUAGUCCACUUACUCGUUUUGGCAGUUUGAUGAUCCACGAAGGCGGUCACGAUGAUGCUGGCAUGAAUGCCCAGAGUGCACUGCUCUUCAAUCUGCUGCAUCAUAAAGCAAGUGGUCUUGUU